GGAUGAAUCAAGCUCCUGGUUGGAAAUGCUGGAAGUGCAAACCACUACGUGCAGCUCACAGGAAAGCCACUGCUCGUUUUCAAUUCAAGCCAAAGCAACCCAGUGAAUGUUGGCUCUGAAUUUCUGUUGCUUUCACAUCCAUUCAGUCAUUUCCUUUCCUCUCUGCUUGCAACCUUCCUGGGCAGAACACUCCCCUGGAUAGCUCACCCCUUUUGUCCCAUCUCACAGCAGCUCAAAUUGCAAGCUUCAGGCAAAGUAUGAAAAGUGGAGGCGUGCAGUUACUGAACCGCUGGAAGCCAACAGUGAGUGCUCAAGUUCCUCUGCGUUUCUGGGGCUGGUCCGAAGUGUUACUCCAAGUUUAGGCAGCGCCAUACGACUGGGACUCUCCAGUCCAUUUAAGGAUGGGCACGGGCGGGUCACUCUCCGAAGUGAAUAAUAAAGUCAAAGGGCGCAUCACAGGAUGGACACGGGUGGGUCACUCUCCGAAGUGAAUAAUAAAGUCAAAGGGCGCAUUCUCCACAUGGAAGACCCCGGCAUCCCUCCACCCGCCUUCUGCCUUGCCCUCUCCUCCCACCCGGGCAGCAGCAGCUCCGCAGGCUGAGAAGAGCCGGGAACCCACCGGAGCCCAGUAGCUCAAGCCUUUUCACCGCAGGAGUCAGAGUUCCCAGCUCCGGGCUCCCAGGUACCCGGAAUCCCUCCCGCUCCUCCCGCUGCCGCGGCCCCUGAUGAGUUUCGGUUUCCAUUUCCCCGGCGAGGCGUUCCCGGUGCUGCCCGGGCACUCCCGAGCUGUCGGCGGGCGAGGGAUGGCGAAGGGACGGCAGCAGCGGAGGCGGGGGAGCGGCACGGGAGAGCGCACACAGUCGCAGAGGAAUGAGGUGCAGUGCUCAAACCAUGAUGCCACACACAGGCUCAUUCUCUCCCCUAACGGGAAGCUUUCUGAACACUGGGCUAAAGCUUCAGCAGGCUGCCCCAAGACAAGGCUGGUGCAAGAACUGGGAAACCGAAAUAUUGUUCAAAUAGCAUGUGGGGACCAGCAUGCCAUGGCACUAUCCAGAGGGGGUGAGCUCUUCACCUGGGGUCAGAACACCCAUGGACAGCUUGGAGUGCGGAGCCAAACCACGCUUACUCCCAAACCACAGCUGGUGGAAAGACUAAAGGGCAUCCCACUUGCUCAAAUUGCUGCUGGAGGAGCUCACAGCAUCACUGUGUCACUCUCUGGAGCUGUGUACUCCUGGGGAAAGAACAGUUUUGGACAGCUGGGACUCGGAGACACGAAAGACAGGGACUGCCCAUCAUAUGUUGGAGCUUUAGAGCACUGGAAGACUGUAUUUAUCUCAUGUGGAGCAGAUCAUACUGCAGUUCUCUCUAAGGAGGGGCUGGUGUGCACCUUUGGAGCAGGAGGGUCUGGCCAGCUGGGUCACAACUCCACUCGGAAUGAACUCCUGCCUCGUGUGGUGGCUGAGCUGUGGGGAGCAAGGGUUUCACAGAUUGCCUGUGGCAGACAACACACUCUGGUCUAUGUCCCUUCCUUGGACAAAUUCUACUUCUUUGGGUCUGGUGAUGAAGGACAACUGGAAGAUGAGAGCAAGCCCAAUCAGUUGAUACCACUUCCCAUCAAUUCACCAGUGAAUACUGGAAAAUCCUGCCAGAAAAAGGGUGCAUCAAAAAAGGGGAUUAAAAUUAUUGCAGGAGUAAACCAAAGUUUUGCCUGUUGCAGGGUGGAGAACAAGAAUUCAUAUUUGAAUGGAAUUGCCACUCUGGAGGAUAAAGAAGUGGAUGCAUGGAUUUCUAAAUCUAAACGUUGGAAGAGUAUAAAAAAGAAUAUCAGACUGAUCUUUUCAUCUGAGGCUUGUAUCAAUGGAAGCUUCCUGGACAAAAGAGACAAACAUUUCAAAACUUCCAAAGAAGUCUCAGGCAUAGACAUGUCAGAAGUGAAACGUUUUUAUGAGAAGAUCAGUAAAAACCAAACAGUCUACCAGGAGGUGCAAAAGGAGAUUAAGAACUUACUGCCGUCAUUGUCUUCCUCUCCCAUCUCACCUGAAAAUUUCAGGGUCUACUUGAUCUUGCCUUUCCUUCUGCAGGGGGAGGACAGAGACUCUUUGAUUCUUGAGAUGGCUCAAGCCAUCAUGAAGCUCCAGCCUGAGGGCCUACAAACUCUUGAAUGCCUAUGGUCAAAUCUAGGAACACCCUUUUUUAGGGAGCUGGUCAUUCUGUAUCAGAGGGUUUCCAAGCAAUCUGUCCUGGAGUUCAUAGCCAGGGGGCCAGACCACAUCUUCAACCUGGGCCCAGCUGAAACAGGGCCUCUGCAAAUACUGCAGAGGCUUUACCAGGUGAACUCCAGAACUGGUUUCAGAGUGCAUGAAAGCAACUUCUAUGUACCUGAAGUGAUAGAGAUUAUCAACUUAUGUUCAUGCUUAAAUGUAACAACAGUCCUAUGGAAUCUGAGCAAGUUUCCAUGCAUCUUUGACAGGAAAAGCAAGAUCCACAUUCAUAUUACAGAAUGCAGGGCUCUGUCCAAUGUCUCUUUUAUACCUGUUAUGUGCAUCCCUGAGACAUGGAAUUUUGCCGUCAGAAGACAAUGCCUUCUGCAAGACAUAUGGAAAAAUUUAAAAUCCGCCUCAAACCAAGAUUUCAGGAAGAUCUUAAGGGUGAAUUUCGUGGGUGAGAAGGGGAUGGACGAUGGUGCGGUGUCCCAGGAGCUCUUCAGCAUCGCAGCCAGGACCCUCUGCCAGCCUGGCACUGGCACCUUCUGCCACUUUGCCUCCAGCCUUGUGUGGUUCCCCAAACAGGCCUCGAGCUGUGAGGAUGAGGACACCUUCCUCUUGAUUGGGACACUCUGUGGAAUGGCCCUGUUUAACCAGCGCAUGGUGCCCUUCCCCUUCCCCAGGGCUCUCUACAAAAAGCUACUGGACCUGGCCCCCACUCUGGAGGACCUUGAGGAGCUGCUGCCAACUGUGGGCCGGAAUCUUCGGAGCAUUUUGAAUGAUGAAUGUGAUAGCUUGGACUUGGACUUCACGGGAAUGGAAGGAGAAGAUUCCACGGAGGUUGUUGAACUUAAGAAAAAUGGUGCCAACAUUCCUGUCACUGAGGAUAACAGGAAAGAAUAUGUUGAUUUGUAUGUGAAUUAUAUAUUCAAUAAAUCGGUACAGAAGCCAUUUGAGGACUUUAUGCAAGGGUUCUUAAGAGGCUGCCCAGCUAGAAAUUGGAAGAUGUUUUUCCCUGAAGAGCUGCAGGUUCUUCUCCAGGGACACAUAACAUUUGACUGGCAUCUGCUGGAAAAGAAUGUGGUAUACAGACAGUAUAAGAAGUCAGAUCAAACCAUCAGGAAUUUUUGGGCUGUGUUUCACAAGCUACCAGAAGAAAAAAAGAAAAUGUUUCUUGUUUUUUUGUCAGGAUCUGAUCGAAUCACUGGCUAUGUACUGGACCAUUUUAGAUUUUGUAUUGAAGAUCCUCAAGUGGAAAAUCCAGAUGAGGUCUGUCCCUGGGCCAGGACCUGCUACUUCAUUUUGUUCCUCCCCAGAUACAGCAGUAAAAAAGUACUCAAAGAGAAGUUGCUUUAUGCCAUAGAGCAUAAUGAAGGUUUUGGCCUUGCCUAAUUCUUGGAUAGAAGCACUUUAAAGCAAAAAUAAGAAAACAAGUCUUUGUUUCACUUGUCAUAUUUUCUCUUAAUUAUUCCAGUUUACUGGUUUCUGCUCUGCCAUAUUUUUACUGCACUUUAUAAACACCCGAGUGUGUGUAUUUGCUGAGAUUUUACAUGGCUUAUAAAAUUGAGCUUAGACCAGAUACCUCAUAGUUAGACUGUAAAUUUAGGAAAGAAGAAUCCUGUUUGGCACACUUCAGAGAAGGAAGCUGAUAACCAAGCAUAUUUGUGCAAGCAGGGUCUGCACUGUUCUGGUUGUGUUAAUAGAGUGAGAUCCCAGCAGCAGUGAUUCUGUGAUUUGUACAUUCAUACAUUAGCAAGCACACAGCCAAGAUGUGCUAAGCAGUCACCCUUGCAAGGCAAAGCUGGUGUUACUUAAGGGUUCUCUUGGGGAGCAACUAACUCUAAUGAGACUGUGAAUUGAAGGAGCAGUCUGGGCUCACCUGGAUAUGGCCUAUGACUUAUCUGUGACAAAUUCUUAGGAAAAUUUGAUCAUUCCUAGACUUUUGAAAAAGCUAUACUAAUGCACUAUGAUAAAAUAAUUUUUUGUUAUUUAGUGUGAUAACUGUUGUAUUUGUUAUGUUUCUUUAUAUUUUCUAAGGAGAUGUUUCGCAAUUAAAUCAUAAAAUCUUAGGCUUGCAGAACAGAUCUGUCUAAAGAGCCCUGUGGACAUGAGGCUUGCAGGGCUUGUGGAAUCUCAUUGUCAAAACAGUGCAGAGCACUGGCAGGAUAUUAACACUGUCAGGCAGGAUAUGUGUUUUCUGUGUAUUUUGCUACGUGGAUGGGGAGAGAAACAAAUCAUUAUUUUUCAGCAGUCUUCUCUUUGGUGUAUUAAAUGUGUCAGGGGACAUCCAUAUGUAAAGAAGACUUCCACUGUGUUAAAUUAACUGAUGAUGGAUUAAAUUUUCACCCCUGUAGCUGUGUUCUUCCUUUCUUAUGCAUCUGCCUAUGUAGAUAAGCCUAGCAAGCAGUGUGUCUGUGUUCUCUGUCCUCCUUGCUAUGGGGGAGCCAUUCACAAGUGGCGUCAAAGGCUGAUGUAAGCGUAUUUCAAAGAGAUGUAUUGUAUAUGCUGAUCAAGUCAGUCGUUCCUGUGUGAUGCAGAAUGACAUUGUUACCUACUAAAAAAAAAAAAAACAAAAAAAAGCUUCCUUUUAAGUUA